CAUCCUCCCUCUGUUCUUGUUGUAUGUUGGUCUCAAUGGAGCUCUGUUUUUCAUCCACAUUCAUUUGAAUUGGCCCAUAUCCUUCGCCACCGAAUCAUGUCUCUAUGGAGGAGCGGGUAGAAAUUUGAGGCUGGAAACGAGGUUGAUGAACCUUUGGAUGUUUAUCCCUCAAUUGGCUUCGAUUGUGGGUGACGUCAAGAUCGUCCUACUUCUCCGAUCACACAGCUCUGAAGUAUUCAGCACCAGGUCGGUCUCCACGAGAAGGGAUCAAUUGAGGAAUUCAAUCACCACGGUUCCGGUUCGAGCAACAGCCAUGGCCACGGGAUUCUUUCUUGUGUACAUAUUUGGAGCGGCCGUGACCAACCUUGUGGGCUUGGAUGUGACCAGUAAGGCUAUUGCUCUCGUUAUUAUUGGAUGCUUGGUGAAUACGUUAAGGCACCCUUUGGUGGCACUGACGACCUUCAGGGUCUUUGAAGAGAAAGAGAAGAGGAUGCAAGAGAUACAAAGACAGAAAAAUCUAAAGCGAGAAAUCGAAUUCGCUCGGUUGAGAAGGUUGGCUGAUCAAAAAGUGUUCGUGGUUGAUGUCGAAACCAAAUUUUGAAAUACAGGGUCCACCAA